AUGGCCGAACCAAGAACCGCAUCAGUCUCAAGGAAAACCAACGAAACCGAUAUCCAUGUGGAUCUUAACCUAGAUGCCACUCCUGGGUCUGGGAUUGUGCAAGCCAUCAAGAUUAGCACUGGCAUUGGCUUCUUGGACCAUAUGUUUCACGCUCUCGCAAAGCAUGGAGGCUGGUGCUUGACAAUUACGUGCAACGGAGAUCUCUGGAUCGACGAUCAUCACACUGCUGAUAGGUGCAUUUGCUCUGGCGAGGCUUUCAAGCAGGCGUUGGGAGAGGUUCGCGGUAUUAAGCGUUAUGGAACUGGACACGCUCCAUUGGACGAGGCGUUAUCUAGAGCCGUAAUCGACAUCUCUGGGCGUCCCUAUUGCGUCGCUUCUUUGGAUCUGAAGCGUGAAAAAAUCGGAGACCUCUCCACGGAGAUGAUUCCGCACGUCUUCCACUCCUUCGCCAUGGCCGCUGGAGUCACUCUACACGUCGAUGUCCUUCGAGGAGAGAACGAUCACCACAAGUCCGAGUCGGCAUUCAAGGCCCUAGCAUUGGCCAUCCGACAGGCAAUUGAGAGGACAGGCGGCCACGAUGUACCGAUCAUGGAGAGCUGGCGAGAAAAAGAACCUCCUUCCAUGGAGAAAGCACAUGCGCAUGUUGCGAAUGCCGAGGAAUAUGAGGCCGCUGGAUUGCUCGCGUGCGCUAUGCCAGAGUUCUACAAAGCUGCAGAGGUGUUCCUAGCUUGCAUGGAUCAAGCGACAAAUCCACAGACCAAGCAGACCCUCAAGCUAUUAUACAAUGACAACAACCGACGAGGGAAAGAAAUACAGCGCCGGAUUGCGCAGAUGAAAGAGGAUUUGUCGACCACAUCAAUUCCUUCGAGAACGCAGAGCCCACACCGCGUCGCGGGAUCUCAGCGCUAUGAUUCACCCUCAAGAAUGAACGGUCGUGACACAAGCCUCGCAAUGUCUCAGCGCACCAUCGAUGAUUCCUACAUGGUCCUUGGCGGUAGGACUGACCCCCAGGAUCCCUUCAACCAGUUUUGGAACAAGAUUGAGCAAAUGUUGGAUAAUCUGUCACAACCGGUGGCAUUCGCGACUGUACCGCUUACUGCGUCAGAACAUGUAGAGGAUAACCAGGACAACGCGGGUAAUCCUAACAUGAUUCAAUCUCACCCUAUUUCCCAGCCUCUUACACAAGCUGGCGUACUCUCCGAAGAAGAGCAGCAGGCUCUGGAGAAUAAACUGUCUCUCGCCCUUGAAGAUGAUGAAGAGCUGUUCGCCGAGUUUGGGAUGGGGGAGUCAUUUUAUGUGAUUCCGUCUGAAGCCUCGCCAGCCAUGAAGAAAUUGCAAUCAGAAAACGCCGCUCUCAAACAAGAACUGCAAGUGACCAAGACGAAACUCUCGAAUGCCGAGAAAACGAUUAGACUUCGACAGGAGCAAGAAAGAGCGCUCAGAGAUAGUAUUAUCUCAGUGAGGAGAGAGGCCCAACGAGCCAUCUCGGCAUCAGCAAUGGGUGGAAGAGCAGGUUCUUUAGCGGUAUUGGAGGCGACUCUGCCAAAUCUUCUUCCACAGCCGUCCGGCAGCCCCGCACAACCAGCAUCCCAAGCGUUGGGACCUGAACGUGAGACACAAUAUGUUCGCCGAAUACGCGAACUGGAGGAAGAACUUCGAUUCUCGAGAGUGGAGAAUGAAAAGAAUCGGGCAACCAUUCAACGCUUCCGAGAGAGAUGGGAGAAGCUAAAGGAAUCCGCAAAGCGGAAAAGAAGUGCUAAAGCUGCCGAGAAUGCACGGGACAGCGUCAAAGAGACGAUACAGGAGGAGCCAGAACUCGAGGUUGAGAACGGAUCAUGA